GGCGGCGGCGGCGGCAGCGGCAUGGCAGCGCGGCGGGCGUGAGCCAGCGCCGAUCCCGGCCUCGGUACCGGAACCUGGCCCGCAGGCUGCUGCGACUGACAUGGAUUUUUUCUUCAUCUGCCCCUUUCUGCUGGUGCUGCUGGUGUCCCGGGGUAGCUUUGCAGACCUGGAGAAACAGAGGGUGGACUCUGGUCUGGAAAUCUAUAAGAAGCUGUUUGAGGUGAAGCGCAAGGACCAGAUGAAUGCACUGAAGAACCUGAUUGAGCUCAAUGACGUCAACCAGCAGUACAAAAUCAUCGACAUCAUGCUCAAGGGACUCUUCAAAGUGCUGGAGGACUCCCGGGCCGUGCUCAUUGCUGCAGACGUGCCUCCUGACGGGCCUUUCCCUCAGGAUGAGAAGAUAAAGGAUGCGUACUCCCACGUGGUGGAGAACACUGCCUUCUUCGGGGACGUCGUCCUGCGCUUCCCCAAGAUCGUCCACCACUACUUCGACCGCAACUCCAACUGGAACAGCCUCAUCCGCUGGGGCAUCAGCUUCUGCAACCUGACAGGCGUGUUUGAGCAGGGACCCCACUCCCAAGUCCUGGGGCUGAUGGCUCAGGAGCUGGGAAUCAGUGAGAAAUCACCUGAUUACCGCAAUCCCUUUAAAACAGACCACUCUGAGUUCUUCCCCAGUGCUGACACCUUCCAGAAGGCGCUGCGGGAGGAGGAGAAGCGGCGAAAGAAGGAGGAGAAACGGAAGGAGAUCCGCAAGGGGCCGCGCAUCUCCCGCUCGCAGUCGGAGCUGUAGCCUGCGGGGGCUUGCGCCUGGCGGCCGGGGUGGCGCCACGGUGACACGGAGCAGCUCCCUGCCUCCCGGCGCCCGCGGGCCGGUGCCAAGUGGUGAUCCCCUUUCCGUUCGUGCCGUGGGUUUUGUUUUGUUGCCUUUCCCUUUCGUUUGGUGGGGGCCACCUUGCAGUGCUGGUAGGUUGCCCCAACGGGACUGGGGGAGCUGAAGGGGUGUGCCCCUUGCCCAGAGCCAAAGCACAGAGGGGAAGGCAGCAGGGCUGUCCCCUGGGUUGGUUUGGGUUCUGCCACCCAUGGGGAGGUAGGGUGAAGGGGACAUGCUAUGGCUGAGCCCCAUGGGGAGCCCGGAGAGCCCUCCACAGCACAGGGCGCCCCGUGCUGAAUGUGCCUCCUCCAUCGCAGGUGGAGUGCAUCAUGCCAAACAGCCUCAUGAGCAAUGCUGCUUCUCUCAAAUUUGGUCGUUUUUUUCCUUUUUUUUUGAGCUGAUGAUCUCAUUGCCCACCCCCAUCCCCUCAACCCAGUUAUACCUGGUCUCUGCCCAGCUGCUACCUCUGCCAGACCAGUUCUUCCCUCUUUCCAGCAGCUGUUUUACCAAGCAACCUGCAGUUCACUGGUCAGCCAUAGCUGAAAAGACAAAAUGGUGCCAUUUCCCUGCCUGAUGACAUACUGCUCUCCUGGGUGGGUACCAUAGGGCAUCCCUGCAAGUGUGGUGAAUAUUUGGGAAUGAGGGAUUUGAGCUCUUGCCCCUCAUUACAGCCAAUGUGUGCCUGUAGUACAAGCACCGCUGAUGCUGAAGGUGCUGGGGACCCAGCCUGAAGCCCUGUGUGCCAGCCUCGUGCUCUGGUCACACCAUCCUGUCCCCCGUCCCUCUGCUGGGGGGCUGAUACUCUCUAAUUUAGUUCCCCAAAUUCCUUUCUCAGGACAGACAGCUAAAGGCACAUGGGGACAGGGAGCCAGUCAGGGGGCUGUAACCCUUUGUGGGAGCGUCUGGGCUGCAGCGGGAGCAAAGUUGUCCCCAGGACCCUCCUGUUCUUGUGACUGCUGAUGAGGGCCAUGCAGAAGAACCAUCCCCACACAGAGGUGCUGUGGGCCAGGCUGUGGGCACCGAGGCCUUUGGGAAAGGGGAAAUGUCCUGAACAUUUAACCGCAGAGCCGGGUCCCUCUGGCGGGGGAGGUGGUGAUGGGUGCGUUUUGUUUUUCU